AUAAAUCAUUUGAAUGUAUUGGUGAAAUAAACAAUAUUAUUCCAGAAAGAAACAAUUGUGCAAAAAAAUUAUAAAUUAAAAUUUCAGAAUGAAAUCUUUGGGUGCAUAAUUAUGUCCACAAAAAGAGUCUCUUAUGCUUUCUGUGAAGAAGUAGGGAAUUUCCACUAUGGAUCAUUUCAUCCUAUGAAGCCUCAUCGUCUAGCAGUUACCCAUCAUCUAGUCAUGAGCUAUGGUCUCCACAAAAAAAUGAAAAUAUUUCGUCCAUACAAAGCAUCAGCAUUAGACAUGUGUCGAUUUCAUGACACCGAAUAUAUCAAAUUCCUCCAAAAUACUGUCCCAAACUCCGUUUCAAUUCAUGAUCAAAGACAGUUUAACUUGGGUGAUGAUUGCCCCAUUUUUGAUGGAUUAUUUGAUUUUUGUGCUCUAUGUACGGGAGCAAGUCUAGAAGGAGCACAAAAAUUAAACCAAAAUCUGUGUGAUAUUUGCAUCAAUUGGAGUGGAGGAUUCCAUCAUGCAAAAAAAUAUGGACCGUCUGGAUUUUGUUAUGUUAAUGACAUUGUUAUUGCAAUUUUGGAACUAUUAAAAUAUCAUCCAAGAGUCUUGUAUGUAGAUAUAGAUAUUCAUCAUGGAGAUGGUGUUCAAGAAGCGUUUUAUACAACUGAUCGCGUAAUGACUCUUAGUUUUCAUAAAUAUGGUGAAAACUUUUUUCCAUUAAGCGGUUCAAUGUAUGAGAUUGGAAUCGACAGUGGACGAUAUUAUUCAAUUAAUGUGCCACUCAAAGAAGGCAUAGACGAUCAAAAUUAUAUUCAUAUAUUUAAAUCAGUAAUGACGUAUGCGAUGGAGUUUUACAGACCAACAGCAAUUGUUCUUCAAUGUGGAGCUGAUUCAAUUGCAGGCGAUCGUUUAGGUCUUUUUCAAUUAACACUAAAAGGGCAUGGUGAAUGUGUGAAGUUUGUUAAGGAAUUAAAUAUACCAACACUAGUUUUGGGAGGUGGUGGGUAUACUUUAAGAAAUGUAGCCAGAUGUUGGACAUAUGAGACAUCUCUUUUAGUGGAUGAAGAAAUUCCAAACAAAAUUCCAAUGAACAUUUAUAUGGAAUUUUUUAAACCUGACUAUCUCCUUCAUCCAAAUAAUGAGCAUUUCCGAAAAAUAGACAAUGCAAAUUCAAAACAUUAUAUAGAAGCUAUUAUCCAGCAUACGUAUGACACUUUAAAAAUGUGUCAGCAUAGUCCAGCAGUUCAGAUGUUUGAUAUUCCUGCAAAUGUAUUGAUUGAUGAAAAAGAUAGAUCUGAAGAGCCGAAUCUUGACAUCCGAAUUAAUCAGCAUGAUUAUGAUAAUUUGGUUGAAAAGAAUAAUGAAUUUUACGAUGAUGAAAAAGAAAGUGAUGAUAAAAAAAAUUGAUGUGAUCUGUAACUGAAUUUCUAGUCGAAAAAUAUUUUAAUAAAGUUCAAAUACAUUUAUGUUUUGAGAA